AGCUGUUGCUGGAGAUAGGAGAUUUAUUUUCUGAGCGAGAAGCCACAGGCUCCCACCUCCAGCUCUCUCGAAGGAGCUUUUCUCCCGGGAACUGCCAGGAGACUGAUUUCUUUUCCCUUUAGUGAUUCCAGCCUACAUUACAGCCAUGGCACCGAAAACAAAAAAGAGCCCCCAGAAAAAGCAUAAAAAGAAGGCCAAGCAAACCGCGCUAGAUACUGAAGAGGAGGAGGCCAUGAACAUGGAGAGCAUGGGCCAUCCAGAAAUCUAUCCAUUAGUAAUAACUACCAAGACUCAGGAAAUAUUCAGCUGUCGAGCAGAGGAAGACAUGACCGAUGAACAACAGUAUAAGCUCAUCAGAAAAGAAGACAUCCUGGCAGACCUGCUAAACCGAGCUGCAGUAUCCGACUUCCACCCAGUCAAAAGGAUUGUCCGGGAAUACCCAGGGGAGGAGCUUCUCCUCGUUUAUGACAAAGACUUCAAAUAUGGACACAACUUUUACCUCGUUGGAACUGAGGAGGGCAAGGAAAACUAUUUCAAGGCCUUAGAAGUGCCAGAGGAACAAGAAGAGCUCAAGGAUCAUGCUCAAGAAGUGUACAUAUACAAACCGCCCGUCUCCAAGCCCUGGAUAUCUUUUGGCAGUGAGAAAGAAAUUGAGGAAGAAUCCGUCAAGGAAUCAAAAAAACGGGUGACGUACAUGAUCUCCAGAAAACGAAGUGAGUUUGGCGCACCCGUGUUUUUUCACGACCAAAAUGCUUCCAGAAUAAAAGAUGCCUACACAGAGUGUCCUUCCUAUGAAGAUAAAAAUUAUGUCCUCACACAAGUUGAGAAAGAUGUUGGCUUGCAAGUCAUUCCUGAUAUCAAGGGCACAAGCACCCAGACAAAAUGGGCAUUUCCUAAAAAUGCGACAACACAGUAUUAUGCAAGAGAGUUCCCAGAACUGGAAAGAGAAGCCCUCCUACAAUCAAAGUCUCUGGCUGAUUUCCUUGGCAAUGUGUCCACAAGUGUCGAAAUAGGCCUGCAGCAAAACGAAAUCAUGAACACGUUCGUCGACGACUGGAAGAACCUCGCGCAGGAAGAAAGCACCUUUGGGGACAAGACGGACACCCACCUGAAGGAGUACCAGUCCUUCACCGACCUACACAGCACCAUGGAGAAAAUGAUCACCUGUGUCUCGUGGCACCCAACCAUCCAUGGGCUCAUAGUCGUGUCAGUGGCCGUGCGCCUGUCCUAUGAGGAAAGAGUCCACUUUUCGGGGAAGCUACUGCUACAGCCAUCGCUGAUUCUUUUCUGGAGUUUCUCCGAUCCCAUACACCCUCAGUUGAUGCUGGAGAGCCCUGAUGACAUCUUCUGCUUCGAGUUCUGUCCAAGUGACCCCAAUAUCAUCGCUGGAGGCUGCAUAAAUGGACAGAUUGUCCUGUGGGAUAUCACAGCGCACGUGGACAAUAUAGAAAAUAUCAAGUCAGGAGGCAGCAGAACUAAAAAGCCCACUCUCAAGCCUAUGUUUCUCCUUGAACCAGACAGUAAUAAAGAAGCAAUGUACAUCAGACACUGCGCAGUGUCUUCCAUAGAAAACGGCCACAGGAAAGUGAUCACAGAUAUACACUGGCUGCCAGACUCAUUUGAGAUUAACAGAAUGGGCUCCGUCUUUGAAAAUCGGAAUGGAAUAAGCUGUCAGCUCGUCACAUGCUCAGCAGAUUGCACAAUAUGUUUUUGGGAUAUUCGACCUCAAAAACCUGCAAGCGCAGCUGCAGCCGCACCUACAAGCACAGGCCCAGGCACAGCCACCGCCGAUACCUCAAACACCCAGCAAGCAGUACCAGAGAAGAAGAAGGAGGAAACCAUUCAAGUUCCUUUUGAUGUGCCCUCGACUUUCACGCACCUAGAUCUUGCCUGGAAACCGCUAUCGAGGAUAAAACUGUCUAAGGGUGACACAAAUUUAGACCACUGUCCAACCAAGUUGAGCCUGGGCGAAGAUCCUCUUCUUUGCAGAGUGCAAGGUACUUCCUCCAUGCAUAUUCUUCUGAAAGAAAAGAUGUUAAACCAGAUCAGAACACUGAAGGCGGCCGAAAUAUACCCCUACCAAAAUCUGGAGGCUGGGAUGGCCAAUACACUCAAGCCAAUAGAUGACUUCUGCACGAAGUUCUUUGUGGGAACAGAGGAAGGUGAAGUGAUAUACACAGACUGGAAAAUGGAGAGAGACUCUGAAACUGGACGAUUUAUGCCCAAGAAACCUGUGAACCUCUACACUGUCCACGACGGCGCCGUCCACACUAUUCAGAGGUCGCCUUUCUACAACGACAUCGUCCUCACUGUUGGGGGGUGGAACGUGGCCAUCUGGAAGGAAGAAGUCAUGACUGGACCACUUCUUCAAACAUGCUGUGCACCAAAAAGGUACACGGCAGGGCACUGGUCGCUGACAAGGCCUGGCGUCUUCUACAUCGGCCGAGAGGAUGGAUAUGUCGAUAUCUGGGACCUCCUGGAGAAAACUCACGAGCCAACCCAGUCCCAGAAUAUUUGCAUCACCAUGAUCACCUACAUCAAACCCUGGACCUUUUCCUCUAAGCAGCAGUUUAUAGCCAUAGCUGACUAUUAUGGGACACUGCAUAUCUUAGAAAUUCCUUGGACAUUAAGUCAUCCUUCCUUUAACGAGGUAUCAAGUGUGAACUACUACUUUGAAAGAGAAGUCAAGCAUCUGGAGUACGUCCAGCAGCGCAAGACUAUCCGUGAGCAAGAAAAGACUGACAUGGCCCUAGAACUGGCGAGGAAAAAAGCCAAAGUCUAUCAGAAGACAAGAGAGGUGAUGGAGGCGGAGCUGAGGCUGGAGUUCGAGAACUACCUGGACCUUGAGAAGAGCAUCCUCUUCAGCCUUGGCCUGUCCAAGGACACAGAGAAGGUGUCGACCUGGAUCUGAGAUGGCCGAGAUUCUCGCAGGUGGUUCCUGGGGAUUCUGGCGGACUUCCCUCCCUCCUUAUUGACUGUGUUUUAUGUAAGGUGAGAUAGCAAACUGGCCAGAUAUAGGAUUAUUUGUAAGCGUGGGUUUUCAUCUCAUUAGUGUUAAAGCAAUUAAAUCC